UUUCCAGACUGUCAUAUCUGGGCUAGCACCGAUGAAGCAGCGUGCCCGAGGCCUCAGCGGCUAGGCAGGCACAGCAGCACCCACGGCUCCCUGCCUUACAUGCCCAGACCCGAAUUACGGUGGUUCUCUGCCCUCCGCGAGCGCGGAAGGGACUGGUUCCCACCCACCCACCGGAGCCUAUUUCGCCCCGUGCCCGCCCGCAUAAUGCUGCCACCGACUCGGGCUCUUGGCCCCACCGCCUAGCAGGGAGCCCAGCACCGACUGUCCUCGAGAGAGCGGCGAGCCGGAGCCCGGAUACCGAAGAGCCCACCGGGGGUUAAACCUUAGCACGCGGGCGGGAGAGCGGCCACGAGGCGGGCAAGACGCGGCCGGCGCGGAGCGGGACCUGAGAGCGCGGGGGCCUGCGGCGCCCGCCCGCCUGAUGCCAGCACGGUCCGCGGCCCUGAAGCUCCCGGGACCUUCCGGGGCGGGCCGCGCGGGCGCCUGCAGGACCAAUUGGCCCGCGGCUGAGGGCCACCCGCACUGCUCUCGGCUCCCGGGCAGACGCCUGCUGGCUGCGGGCAGGCAGCGCGCCGGGCAGCCCUGGGCCGGCGGCCAUGGCGGCGGCCCUAGGGGCGCGGGGGGCGUCGCGGCUCCUGCUGGCGACGCUGCGGGGUCGGGCCCGGAGCUUCUCGGCCACGGCAGCAGAUGCUUGCCAUUUGACAGCAGAGGAGAGGAACCAAGUUAUCCUUGACCUGAAAGCAGCAGGAUGGUCAGAAUUACAUGAGAGAGAUGCCAUCUACAAGGAAUUUUCCUUCAAAAAUUUUAAUCAGGCAUUUGGCUUCAUGUCCCGAGUCGCCCUGCAAGCCGAGAAGAUGAAUCAUCACCCGGAAUGGUUCAAUGUGUACAACAAGGUGCAGAUAACCCUAACGUCGCACGACUAUGGUGGACUGACCAAGAGAGAUGUGAAACUGGCCAAGUUUAUUGAAAAAGCAGCCGCUUCUGUGUGAUUUUUUUCUAAAAUGCGUGUCAAACCUGGCGCACGUCUUAGCCAUCAUGUAUGAGGAAGGAAGUUCACAUGAACAAAUUCGCUUGUCAGUUUAAGCUCACCUUUUGAACAAUGUUUUGUACAAUCAGUUCUUAAUUACAAAAUGAUUUAAAUUUGA